AUGAGGAAGAGAUCUUUAUUAGUUGAUAAUCAGGAACGUAUCAAUCUCACCGAGGGAAUAAGGAUCCCAACUGGGGAUUCUUAUUUUAGAGCAACUCUCGAUUUUGAUGGAAUUCUCUCUGUAUUUUCUCACCCAAAGACUUCCACAGGCAAUGGAAGCUGGGAUCCUAUUUGGGUAGAACCAGAGAAUAUUUGCACGGCUAUUUUAGUUGAUGAAGGUCCUGGUGCUUGUGGGUUUAACAGCAUCUGCAACCUCAAACCAGAUAAAAGGCCAAGAUGUGAAUGCCCAAAAGGGUAUUCGUUACUCGAUCCAAAUGAUCCCUACGGAAGCUGCAAGCCAGACUUCAUACAGGGAUGCGAAGAAGAUGAAGUUAGUGCCAAAAAGGAUCUUUAUUAUCUAGAGGUACUAAACUUUACUGAUUGGCCGAAAUCAGAUUACCUUAAGUUGAAGCCUUUUAGUGAAGAGAAUUGCAGAAGUUCUUGCUUGCAAGAUUGUAUGUGUGCUGUUUCCAUAUUCACAGAUGGAAAUACCUGUUGGAAGAAGAAGCUACCACUGUCAAAUGGGAGAUUCACCAGCGGUUUUACCGGCACGGCUUUCAUCAAAGUUAGGAAAGAUAAUUCCACACUGACUGGUCCUUUCCCGAAUCCGGGCAAUGAGCCAGUGCCAAAGAAGGACCAGGACGAUUUGAUACUUGCAGGGUCGGUGCUUCUGGGUUGCUCUGUUCUUGUUAACUUUAUAUUGAUUGGCACUACUUGUCUUGGUUUUUUCUUCAUUUACAAGAAGAAAAUUAUAAAAAGUAACCGUAAUGGUAGUGUGGUGGAAAUGAAUUUGCAUUCUUUUACAUACAAAGAGCUUGAAGAAGCUACAAAUGGGUUCAAGGAAGAACUGGGAAGGGGAGCUUUUGGUAUUGUUUACAAAGGAGCAAUAAAGAUGGGUUCUGAUUCCGAUGUCCUUGUGGCGGUGAAGAAGCUACAUAUUGUUGCACCAGAGAGAGACAAUGAAUUCAAAGCUGAAGUGAACGUAAUUGGUAAGACACAUCACAAGAAUCUGGUCAGGCUGAUUGGAUUCUGUGAUGAGGGGCAGCAACGGUUGUUAGUAUAUGAGUUACUCAGCCAUGGAACUUUAGCAGGUUUCCUUUUUGGAGACUUGAAACCAAAUUGGAAGCAAAGAAUCCAAAUUGCUUUUGGGAUUGCUAGAGGACUCUUGUAUUUACACGAAGAGUGUAGCACCCAGAUUAUCCAUUGCGACAUAAAGCCUCAGAACAUACUCCUUGAUGAAUAUUACAAUGCUCGAAUUUCUGACUUUGGAUUGGCAAAGCUUUUGAUGAUGGAUCAGAGCCAAACUCAUACUGCCAUUAGAGGAACAAAAGGGUAUGUUGCGCCCGAAUGGUUUAGGAACAUGCCAAUCACAGUUAAAGUUGAUGUGUACAGCUUUGGUGUCAUGCUGCUUGAGAUCAUUUGUUGUCGGAGAAGCGUGGAUAUGGAGUCUGGCGAGGAGUACAAAGCAAUUUUAACAGAUUGGGCUUAUGAUUGCUUUCAAGAAGGAACAUUAGAUGUUCUGGUAGAAUAUGACAGGGAGGCCAUGGAUGACAUGGAGAAGGUGGAGAGGUUUGUGAAGGUUGCCAUUUGGUGUAUUCAAGAAGAUCCAUCUCUUAGGCCCAUUAUGAGGAAGGUUAUGCAGAUGCUUGAAGGAGUUGUUGAUGUACCGAUUCCACCAUGUCCAUCUCCUUUUACUACUACAACUACAAUGAUUCGAAACCAGAAUUCAUCAUACUAAAGAGAUAGAGCUCUUUGUAUGUUGGGUAAUAUCAUUAAUUAUUGCUGAUCGUCCAAUGCUUAAUUAGAAUAAGUUUGUGUGAAGUUUUGCAAUCUUUUCUCAGGCAAAGUAAUUUGUAAUUUGCUCCAUCCUGAUAAUUCUGUUUUACAUUUUAGUUUGUUAAUAUAUGAGGAAGAGAUCUUUAUUA